AUGGGGUCUACUGUGCUGGCCUCCCUGCAAUACACCUCUGAUGGCAAUUGGUACCACACCUGCGGAGGGACCCUGAUAAACAACAGCUGGGUCCUGACGGCCGCCCACUGCAUCAGUGACUCCAGGACCUACCGUGUGGGGCUGGGACGGCACAACCUCAAAAUUGCAGAGUCCGGCUCGCUGACCGUCAGUGUCUCUACGACUGUGGUGCAUCCGGACUGGGACUCCAGCGAUGCCUCCAAAGGGUUCGUUUCUGUCUGGGUGCACUUGGGGCCCUCAGUUGUGGGGUCCCCAGUUACCCGCCUGGUAUGUCUAGGAUGUAUGGUGGUGAAGAAGCGAGGCCCAACAGCUGGCCCUGGCAGCACUCCCCCUUACCCUUGUCCCAGCCCUGUUCUUGGGAAACUGGAGUGCAGGGAGACCGUGCUCUUUCAAACCCAGCCACAGCCACAGAGCUCCUGUGCUUCUCCCCAGGUCUCCCUGCAGUAUAGCUCCAAUGGCCAGUGGUACCACACCUGUGGAGGGUCCCUGAUAGCCAACAACUGGGUCCUGACGGCCGCCCACUGCAUCAGCUCCUCCAGGACCUACCGCGUGGUGCUGGGACGGCACAACCUCUACGCUGCAGAGUCCGGCUCGCUGACCAUCAGUGUCUCUAAGACUGUGGUGCACCAGGACUGGAACUCCGACCAGGUCUCCAAAGGGAACGAUAUUGCCCUGCUCAAACUGGCUAACCCCGUCUCCCUCACCGACAAGAUCCAGCUGGCCUGCCUCCCUCCUGCUGGCACCAUUCUACCCAACAAGUACCCCUGCUACGUCAUGGGCUGGGGAAAUCUGCAGACCAACAGGGCUGUCCCUGAUGACCUGCAGCAGGGCCGGUUGCUGGUUGUGGACUAUGCCACCUGCUCCAGCUCCCACUCUUGGGGCAGCACCGUGAAGACCAAUAUGAUCUGCGCUGGGGGUGAUGGCGUGAUAUGUACCUGCAACGGAGACUCCGGCGGGCCGCUGAACUGUCAGGCAGCUGACGGCCGGUGGGAGGUGCAUGGCAUCGGCAGCCUCACGUCCGUCCUUGGCUGCAACUACUACUACAUGCCCUCCAUCUUCACACGGGUCUCCAACUAUAAUGACUGGAUCAAUUCGGUAAGAACCAGACCAGCCCUGAGCCCCAGGGCAUUGCCCUGCUUACCUGGCCUUGGAGUGCCAUGCCCACCUGGCGACUGAGAACCCCCUCCUUCCUCUUGAGAGCUAGAUGGGAACCCCUUGGAGAAGGCUGCAGACCUUGGCAACUGCUGGGCCCCCCAUGGGUCCCCAAAAUUUCUGUGUGGGUAAAGCUGAGUGAAAAGGAACAUAGAGGGUGGCCUUGUCCAAAGAGGUUGAACACUGCUUAGGCAUGUUAAGAGUGAGUUCCAUGGCCAGGCGCUGUGGCUCAGGCCUGUAAUCCCAGCACUUUGGGA